CAUUAUACCGCCAGUACGAAUGUGUCGCAACAUGUGUUUGUAAUUUUUGGCCUGAUUAAUACUCGCGUACAUAUCAGAUUGUCAUAUCGAAUUUUGGCAGCGCGCACUGUAAUUGUUCAGGCAUUUUGUUUGGCUUUCAACAACCAGAACGUCUGCAUGGGCAAGAUAAUUUUUUCGCUAAACUUGCUCUGAAUAUUGUCCUUUGCUCUGGCGUUAAACUUUAAUACCAUGUAUAGCCGUGGCCCGCUUGCUCUCGGCACAGCAAGGAACUAUUAUUAGCGAGAAAUCUCCAGUGGAUUCGCAUAAAGAAGAUAACGCCGCGGCUACCGAUCAGUUCCAUCUGAAUCAAUCUGUUUCCUUGCUGCAGGAAAAUAUACACACACAUUCGCGCUCCGAUCCGAUCCGAGACACGCAUAUAGAAUAUACAUUCAGCGCGCUGGCGACGUGUGUUGUAUGCCGAUAUAUUUGCAGGCAAAACCAUUCACAAUCAUCAUCGAAAGCAGUCGUUUUCUGACGAGUGAGUCGCUUUUUAAGUGCAGUACAGCGGCAGUAAUAUUGAUAAUCUUGCACAUGCCCGAGGACGAAACUCGCAUUCCGAUUACUAACAAUUUGACUAGGUUGUUGUGUGUGUGAUCAUCAUGUUGCCUACGAAACGUUACUUAUUCACGUGUGUGACAGUAAAGGACACACAGCGGUGAAUAUUUUUCUCCUUUUUUUGCCACUUUUUCAAAGGAGAGCGUCCACACGCGCUCCUUUAAACCGUGCGCCAUUCCGCACAUAUUUGCACUGUUUCCUCUCCAACCAGCGGGGGUGUGGCCGUGCACUCAUUGCAGCCAGUCCAAAUAGGCCCUUGCGUAAUCAGCUCGACAUCUCUCUCGCACGGCUCAGCCAACACACAACAGUAACGACUGCACUGCCUUGGCCGUGCCAUUGCCAUACCACGCAAACAGCUGUCGUAUAUUGGCCUUAAUAUUGCCCAGUUCCCGUUUGUCCUUUGUUUGUGUUUUAAUCCUCCCAGCAGAAUUCCUACCUAGCCAUGGCCGCAGGCUCCAAUCCCCUGCAAACGGGCAGCUCCACGGCCAAAUCAGCCAAACCGAUCUCCAGUAAUGCCCAUGCGGUGCGCGUCCUUAUGCAUGAAUUUCAGAAUCUGCAAAAAGAACCGAUGGAAGGGUUCCGUGUACGACUGUUGAAAGAUGAUAACCUCUUCGAAUGGGAAGUGGCCAUUUUUGGACCUCCUGAAACGCUGUACGCGGGUGGAUAUUUUAAGGCCGUAAUGAAAUUUCCUCAGGAUUAUCCAUUCCUGCCGCCGAGCGUCAAAUUUGUCAACAAAUUAUGGCAUCCCAACGUGUACGAAAACGGCACGGUGUGCAUCAGUAUUCUCCACCCACCCACGGACGAUCCGCGCUCGGGUGAAUUGCCCUGCGAACGAUGGAACCCUACCCAGAAUGUGCACUCGGUGCUCAUGUCCAUCAUUUCCCUCUUGAACGAACCCAACACCAGCUCACCGGCCAACGUGGACGCCUCGGUGAUGUACCGACGCUACAAGGAAAAGGGCGACAAGGACUACGAGCGUAUGGUCCGUGAGCAGGUGGACGCGUCCAAGCUGGAGGCCACCCGUGACGGCGUCACCAUUCCCACGACGGUGGACGAGUACUGCGUGUCGCGCCGGCAGAACAAAGACGUCAGCAAGCUGAAUAAUUCGGCGGAGUUUGUGGACUUUGGCCCAUCGGAUUCGGAUGACAGCUGCGAUAGUCCGUUCUCCUUUAGCAGCGAUGAACCGCUGUUUGAUGACGAUUCACUGGAGACGGCGCCGUCAAGUCGGACCGCGACGGGCAAGCGCAAAGAAGCGGACAGUUUUAACGAUCCCGAGAUCAACCCCACCACCCCCAAUGACCUGCCCCCGAAACGCUCCCGCACGGAUGAGAACCGCAAUGAACAGAAUGUGAGCUGAUCGUCGUGGAGCGGCUGCUUGAACAGUGCUUUGUUUCGUUUCGGUAGCUGUUGUCGUUUCACUUUAGAAUGGGAAUCUUUUAUGUCUUCUCGUCUCUUGUGAUAAUUCAGGCGACUGUUUUAUGUUUAAUGUGUUUUGUGUGAUCGUUUUUGAUGAAAUUGAGGGUAUUGUAGAAAUUUAUCCCUAAGCUUUGAUUUGAGUUUGGACGUUUUGGAUUGUUUCGCUCUUUGUUUUUGCCGUGUUCGUCGCCGUUUGGUUGCGCCGUGUUAUCGUGUUUCAUCAUCGCAGUGUAUGUGUCAUGUUUUGGGUUUGUUCAGAAUUCUAGUUUUGCAGAUGUCCAUUGUUUCGUCUGAAUCAAAAAAGAAUCGUCAUUCUGC